UUUAGUGUUGGGCGUCAUGGAGAAACUCAACUUGACUGCAGCACCUUCAAACAUCUCCUCCUCUUCUGAACUUCUCCCUUCUCCUUCCAUGGACUCCAGAGGUGUGCCGGCUGCAGUGAUUCUGUCUCUCUGCUUUCUCCUGGGAGUCCCUGGAAACAUUGCUGUCAUCAUUCUGAAGCCAAAUUUUCAGCAGCUGUCCAGCAUGACCCAGAGUUUGAUGCUGAAUCUGGCCGUGUCAGACCUGCUCUGUCUGGUGACUCUCCCACUGUGGAUUUACAGUCUGCUCUACAACUGGAUCUUUGGUCUGCUGGCCUGUAAAGUCCUAAUAUAUCUCAUUUAUUGCAGUGUUUAUGGAAGUAUGCUAACUAUAGCUUUGUUGAGCUUCCAGCGUUACAUGCUUGUAGUGCACCAACAAUUUUACAAUCAGAAAGAAACAAGAUUGUUGUUGGUUUUGCUUUGGCUGGUUGUAAUGAUAGUGUCCAUCCCUGCCUUGGUGGCUCGAAGGGAUAUCCCUGAUGAGCAGUGGCUGCGCUGCAGAAAUCAAUUUUCCUCUCAACCUCAGAAGAUUGCUGUGCAGCUGACAGAGACUCUGGUGGGAUUUGCUUCAUUUUUUAUUGUAGCAUUUUCAUACGUUCAGCUUUAUAGGAAGGUGAAUCGAGCAGCAUUUUUUAACAACCCUCAGACAUCCAGACUGGUUACCAGUAUCAUUAUAGUGUUUUUUGUCCUGUGGAUUCCAUACCACGCUGUAAAUGUACUGAGUGUUGGAGCUACUGCUUUACACAAUGAGAGACUUGAGAAACUAUUUGGAAACAAACACUAUAUUGUUACGGCACUGACAUUUAUAAACAGCUGUCUGAAUCCACUCCUGUAUGCAUUCACUUCUCACAUUUGUAAAUGUCUGAACCAUCUAAACCAAAUUCAUGAAAGCUCGUUUGAUGUGGCGACCCCAGAAGGAAUAUCCUGAAAGGUGAACAACAACGAGUCAUUUCUCUGGAUGCAACUGCAGAGGAUUUUCUCCAUCAGGGUAUAUUUGUUCUGUCACAGACUUCAGCAGAUGAUGGGGUAACUGAGGCUUUCCAUAUAAGUUCACCAAACACAGCUAUAGUUAGUUCAUCUUGUUUCAUUUUCCAAAAAUAGUACUACACAUGAUCAUUUUUCAUUUGUACAACCUCAAAAGAAAAGGUAAAUGAAGUACAACGGUAAAAGUGAAUUAUGCUAGCAUCUUUUAUUAUCAUGGGAUUUUUUAACGUGACAGAUAUAACGCAGGAAUAAAGCAAAUACUAUUUUUAGAAUAAAACUUUUACUUAGAUUGUGUUGAUAAAAUGCCUUGUGGUUGAAGCAAUUACAUUUACAUUUUCUCGUCUAUAAUUUAAAAACAUGUUUUGAUUUUUUUUUAAUUGUGUUUUUUCCUAUUCCAUGUCUGUUCUGUUUGUCCGUGUUUGCUUAUCAUUCUUCGUUAAAUGAACUGAUCAGUGUAGGAUGAAGCUUUGAGGUGGUAAGAUGAUGCAAAAGAAAAGGCUGUAUGUUAUUUGUGAUAAAAGGUUUGACAAAAGAAUUAUCAGAAUUACCUGCACAUGCAUUGAAUUGUUGACUUUUUCUGAAAAAUAAUCAUUUUAUUUUUUCCUUUUUUAUAAUUGUGUUAGUUAAAAGCAGUCAGAAAGGUUCAAAAGUAUUGGGGUAGCUAUUAUUAUAAGCUAAUAUUACUUACAUUCAUAUAUUAAUAAAUGUGUGUAUUUUUUUGCGAUAAGGUUUAUUAUGAUCAUCAACAAUGUCUAAUUCUGACUCUUCUUGUUUCACUCUGCACACGCUGAGUUCGUGUUACAUACAUUUACUUUCUUUAAAUAAUUUUAUUAGUUCUUUAUUAAAUUAUCUAAUCUACUUCCUGUUCUGUAAGCUAUGGGAACAUUGGGAGUGGGGCUUAUUAAUUACUGCACUCUUCACAAACAUAAUGGCAUGGGGAAAGUUUACAAAUCCGUGUUGCAAUCAAAUAAAAAAUGCAGAUCAAAAAAUUUAGAUCAGCCAAAUAUAAUCUUCAUAAAAGGUUUGUUGAAAAUUUCCUUAUCAAGUGGGAAAACUCCAUUUGCACCUUAGACAUGUAGGGCCCUUGUAGGGGGGUUGCUUGGACAUAACUGCCAGCAAGCAGCAGCUGUCC